AUGGAAAAACAAGUAGAAGCAGGUGAAAUCAAAUACAUUGGUAUCUCUAAUUUCAAUAUCAGACAAAUUGAUAGAAUUACGAAAAUUGCAAGAAUUAAUUGUGUAUGUUUACAACACGAAAUGGUCGAAUAUUUCCGAAAUAAUUAUAUGUUGCUUGUCACUUAUGCCCCUCUAGGAUCACCAGAUCUGCUUAAAUUUAAAGAUCUUAUGAUAGUCCAAAUUGUUUUACCAAAUCUUCUAGGUAACAUCUUAGUAAAAAUAACUGAGAAACAUAAGAAAACACAUACUCAAAUUCUGAUCAGAUUUCUGAUAGAAAAGGAUGUUUGCAUUAUUCCUAAAAACGCAAAUAUGAACAGGCUCAGAGAAAAUUUAUUGGCAUUGACUUUUAAAUUAGAUGAAAAUGAUAUGGUGGCUUUGGCUUUAUUUGAUGAUGGCGAUAAAAGAAGUAUUGUAGAUUUGCAAAAAGGUUACAGAGGAAAAUCGGUUCAACAGGAAAAGGCUCACGAGCAAAAAGCUCACUAUUGCAUUCCAGAAACCAAUAAAGAAAUAAAUACUUAUCACACUUUGGAAGAGUUUAAAAUAUUGAGAUUAAGAAUUAGGUUAUCGCCACAUAGACACAGCAUACAUGUACAUUCCGAAAGGCCCAUGGUAGGUUUUAAGUUCAACAAUGAUGAAUUAUUUAAUGCUGAACCUUCUGAGACUGAUGGUAAAGUUAUUUGGAAAGCAAUGGAAAAACAAGUAAAAGGAGGCAUAAUCAAAUUGGUCUAA